GUUCCACCAAGGCCAUGAAGUUGUCUUCUCAGAAUCAGUCGUUAAGCCGAUCUCGAUAAUUGUGAUCAUCUAGAAACCGGAGUCCAGGUCUGAAGCCAAAUGCUCAGUUUAGUCUUGAGUGUGUGAGUCAUAUUGCCCGUGAUCAUGCAGGCAUUAGCACCACAGCUUAAAUACCAGCCAGGUGGAGGGAUGUCAGGCCACACCGCUUCCCGGAUCUGCCGCUCUGAGGACCAUUGGAAGUACAGGACGUCCCUCACUUCAGGCUCUCCCUUCAGAAUGAAGGUUUUCCUCCUGGCCUCCCUGCUGAGCGCAGCCACUGCUCAGCCCAUCCCUCUUGACCAAUCUGGAGGAAGCUCCAGUGAACAGAGAUUCAACUUUCUCCCACCGCAAAUCCCGCCCUUCUUUCCUCAGUUUCCCUUCCCCCAGGCUCCUCCUCUGAAUCCAGUUCCGUUUCCCUUCCCUCUUAAUCCGAAUCAGAUUCCAAUUCCGAUUCCCUUCCCUUUUGAUCCAAAUCAGGUUCUGACACCUAGUCAACUUAUAACGCUAAUCACUUCGAUUUUGAACCAACUGCAGGGCUUCCUUGGGGUAAGAUUCUAUUUCUGAUUAUACUAAGUGACAUCCAAUGUCAGGUAAGAGAGACUUUCUUCUGAGCUACAAAAGCUAAGACAGAAUCAGAGUCAGUUACAACCCACGGGCAUUAUGAAUUCAGUUCCUGCGUCUCCAUCAGUAAGUAUCCUGACAGAUACACAAGGGGGGUUCACAAAUUUAAGGUUAUAGAAAUCAACACAACAUUAAGCCACAAACUUUCAAAUAAUUGUACUUUACCUUGGAUUUCUGUCUAAUGGGCAACUCGGAGUAACUGAAUGAGAAAAGUAAAAUGACCAAAGGUAGCUCUGUCCUGUCCUCAAGGCAAUUUUGAGGGGGGAAAUUGGCUUUUCACCCACUAGCCUUCCAUGCAAUAAGUUUUGCUGCCCUGGGAUAUUACUAGUAUUUUCUUUACCACUGUGAGGACCUCCGUCCAUCAGGCCACCACUCCCCAUGCGGGAGAAAAAAGCUGCUAUAUGUUAUAGGAAGAUCACAGUUUUUCAGCAUGUACUGAUAAUCAAAGCACAGGAUUUUCUAUGCCAAUCCCCCAAUUAACACCACUAUUAACACAUCAACAAAAUAACCACGAAACGGGAGAGGCGGGUGGAGGCAGAGGAGGAACCCUGACGAUGUCUCGCGUAUUAACUAUCACUGUGCUGGCUAUUUCUACAGAAAUAAUUCCCGGUUACAGCCGAAGUCACACAUGGUGAGUAAAUCCCCAGAAGGCGGCCAUGACCUCGUACGUGGUUUAUUGUAAGGGUUUAUCACCACAGACAACGUCUGUGUGAGUAAAUGAAUGCCAUGAAAAGGGCAAGAGUUCAGAAGAGCAACGAAACUGCGAAGGGUGUGUCUCUCAAAGGAUGUAUUCGAAUUGUGUUUUAAGCGGGCUGGGGUGUGGCUCAGUGGGAAGAGUUCUUGCCUGGCGUGUGUAAGGUCCUGGUCCCACCCGCAAUAAAACAUAAACGUAUUUAGAAAAACUCCAGAAAUGUCUUAGAAUAUGCAUCACAGAAGUUCUGGACAUAUUAAAACUAAUCAUUUUAACCCCAAGAUGUCUUGAAAAAAUGCUGGAGUUUUCAAAUUCUUUCUUUAUCUACCACACUUUUAACUUUCAAGAUAACUAUGACAUUAAGUAAAAUUAGGAUAAAUAUUUAUGUCUGAAUGUUUUCAAAAACUCAAGAGUGCCUGUGUCAGGCACGUACCGACUGCGGCCAUCAUCCUCAGAUUAAGAAAUCCUGAAAUAGACUGUCUUUGGCCCACAGCUGUGCACAAUUUCAUCGGUUGAAUUUGAAUUCAAUUUGACCAGACAAAGCCUUUAAAAAAGCAUGCAAUACGUGGUUCACGUAGGCCCAGCUGUUGUAAGGGAUCUACACCACUACACACAGUCCACAGGACUGACUGCCUCCUUUAGGAGCACCUCAGGGUCAGAACUCGGGUAGGGAACAUAGCUGACAAAGAGCACACUCUGGGGCUAGGGAGACUGGGAUCGAAUCUCAGCUCCCUUGGGAGAGAACGUCUUGAGCAAUCUUUCCAAACGCCAGCUGCUUCAUCUGUAAAACACCUGAGGAUGGAGCAAUACUCGGCACGAUCUAGCAUCCCUACUGAUGCUACUACUAAGGUCUCCUAGAGAGAAAAACUUCACCCCAAACGCAGGCUCGUAACCGCGAGCAGACAUGAGCAAGAACAAGGACCACCAGUGACCUCAGACAUGAGCAAGAACAGGGGGACCACCAGUGACUCUGGGGGACCACUGGUGACCACAAGCAGACACUCCUGACAGGAAGGCCGGAAGCCAGUGGUUUGAAUGUCUUC